CAACCCCCCCUUUCUCCUCCCCAGGAUUCCGGCCACUCUUUUGUCAAACCCUAGAGCCUCUCAGAAAAGGAAAAAGUUACUAAGCCCCGCCUUUUUCCCGCCUAAUUAUCCCCCUGUUUAUGCUAAUUAAUUUCAGAUGGCGGAUUCGGACAACGACUCCGGCGGAUACAACGGCGGCGGCACGAACCGAGACUCGGCGAGGGAGCAGGACAGGUUCCUGCCCAUAGCGAACGUGAGCCGGAUCAUGAAGAAGGCGCUGCCGGCGAACGCGAAGAUCUCGAAGGACGCGAAGGAGACUGUCCAGGAGUGCGUGUCGGAGUUCAUCAGCUUCAUCACCGGCGAGGCCUCCGACAAGUGUCAGAGGGAGAAGCGGAAGACGAUCAACGGCGACGACCUUCUAUGGGCCAUGACCACGCUCGGAUUUGAGGAGUACGUCGAGCCGCUCAAGAUCUACCUGGCCAAGUACAGAGAGCUGGAGGGGGAGAAGAUCUCGGUGGGCAAUCGCCCUGGGGAGAAGGACGGGAGCGGCGGCGCUGGAUCCACCGCCGGGAAUUCGAGUUCGGCCGGCAUGUAUGGGGGUCCGGUGGUGUACAACCAGGGCCAGAUGUACGCGUCUGGAUCGUACCACCAGAGGUAGCGGGGAAGAAAUUGACAAACAAGUCCUUUACGACAUCGUUUCAUCGGUUACUAAUACUAAGCUAGCUCUUCAGAAACCAUGUCCGUACAUUUUUCUGCUUAAACUUUCCAGAAUUCGUGAUGUUCUUCUGCUGAACUCAUUGACAAGUGGAGAUUUUAGAUGAAGACGCCACCUUUUUCAUUUCUUUUCUUAUCAUUCCCUUUUUUUUUUUUUUUUUGAAAAUGUAAAACUUAAUUCAGAAAAAAGAAGCCUAUAGUGGAGAUUUCAGUGGGAUGCAUGUGGAAAGGUCGGUUGUGACCAUUAGGUGUGUUUUAAAUAAUGUACAUAUAUAAAGUUGUGACCUUCAAUGGUAAAGCAAUAAUGUCACUACAAAUUUCUUUGUUGUACAUUAUUGUUCGGUCAUUUAUCCCACUUUAAAUAAAUACUCCUUCAAAACCAGCUCGCUUGUGCCCGGUGAAUGCGUUUCAGAUUUAGAGCCG